ACAUUAAUCCUCUGUUGUAAUAGAUGUCAAGUGGUUACUCAUCAAUAUUGUGAUUUUUGGAUGAUGUUAUUGAAAAAGAAAGAAAAAUACACAAACACACAUACGUAUAUAAAUAUAUAUAUACAUAUUUGUAGCUUUCUGAAUUCAUUUAGCGAUGAUCUAGCUCUGUCUAUGUUCUUUUCAUUUCACUUAAUUUAAUCAUUUCUUUUAGUUUGCCAUUGUAAGUUACAAAGCGUUUUUUUUAACUCAUCAUGUUAAUUAGUAGAUAACAGGGAUCUUAUAUGGAAACUGUGAUUAACUGAUACUUGGAAUGAAAGCAACUUAAUAGAAGCUGUUAUUGUGAUUAGUCUAUGCCUGUAGACUAUGAAGUUUUUCAAGGCAAUGCAACCAUUACUAUCGAACACUUGACGGGUGAAGUCAAACCUUUAGAGAUUAAAGUUGGAGACAGGAUUCCUGGUGGAGCAAGAAAUUUGGAUGGUAGGAUAAUUGUGAAGGCUACAAAAACGUGGAAAGAGUCAACACUCAGCAAGAUAGUACAAUUGAUUGAAGAAGCACGCUUGAAUAAACCAAAGCUUCAAAGGUGGCUUAACCAAUUUGGUGAGCAAUACAGCAAGGUUGUCGUAGUCUUGUCUGUAGCUAUUGCUCUCAUUGGUCCAUUUCUCUUCAAGUGGCCAUUGUUUGGAACAUCAGGUAGUAUUUAGUUUAUACAGUGCCCUCAUUAACUCUAAUACUAUCUAUUACAUUCUCUUGACGUACCCCAUUAUGGGAUUUAAAAUUUUAUGAAACACCUACUCUUACCUUAAAAUGGUCCUUUUUUAUUUGUUGGUUUCAAUCAGAGCUCAGCUUUAACUUUUUUUUUUUAAAAAAAAAAAAAUUGUAACAUCUCUAAUUUUCAGUACUUUCAAAAAAUUGCUUCUUGUUGUUCAUAUAUAAUACAUAUUACAUGCAUAUAUAUACUGUAAAGAAAUGUUAAGUUGGUCUUCCAACUAGAAGGUGUCAAGAUAAAAAAUAUUCAAAUACUUGAUCUGUUACAUGUAUAUUCUUUCUUUUUCUUGUUUUUUAAUGGUUGACUUUCGAGUUAACUUAUGAAUUCCUAUUCAUGCAGCUCUUUUUUUUCCUUCCUAAUUUGCACUGUCAGGGAAAUUUUCAUCUUCUGUUUUUUAAUGGUUGACUUUCGAGUUAACUUGUGAAUUCUUAUUCAUGCAGCUCUUUUUUUUCCUUCCUAAUUUGCACUGUCAGGGAAACUAGCAUUCAAAGCAAUUGAACCAAUUUAUGGACAUCAGGCUGGAAA